UUGGUUCUGAAUUGUUAGACACCACCCGCUUUUUACCUUUGUCUCACCUUCUCCAAGGUCGCUUUUGACUAAAAUGGGUGCUCGAAAGAAAGAAGCUGCCCGCCGUGAGCGGCAAGGGCAAUCGACAGACGGCAUGGCAAACGUCAAGGUCAAGGGCGAGAACUUUUAUCGCAAUGCCAAAAAGCUCAAGACACUAAACAUGCUGAAAGACGGCAAAGCACAGCGGAAUGCCGAAGGCAAGAUCACGAAAGCCGCCUCAUACCAGUCCCGCGAAGUUCCCAAGGCCCGAGUAGAGCCUAAUCGGAAGUGGUUUGGGAAUACGAGAGUGAUAUCUCAAGAUGCACUCGACUCCUUCAGACAAGCCGUGGCAGAGCGAGCAGCCGAUCCAUACCAGGUCCUUCUGAAGACGAACAAACUCCCUAUGAGCCUGAUUCGAGAUGCCGAGAAUACCAAGAAUGGGAUUAAACAGCACCAGGCCAAGAUUGCGGUCGAGUCUGCCCCCUUUGCCGACACCUUUGGACCAAAGUCCCAGCGGAAGCGUGUGAAACUAAGUGCAAGCUCUGUGACGGAUUUGGCUGACGAGUCGGUGAAAAUGCACGACGACUAUCUUGAGCGACUGGAAGAGAACAAGCUGCUGAGUGGGCAAACGGCGGAACAAAUGCAGGGACAACAAGAUGGCGAACUCACCAGUGCCCGUGAACCAAUCUUCUCAAAAGGCCAAAGCAAAAGGAUAUGGAACGAGCUGUACAAGGUCAUUGACUCGUCCGAUGUGGUUAUCCACGUGCUGGAUGCUCGAGACCCCGAGGGCACAAGAUGUAGGAGCGUGGAAAAAUACAUUCGCGAGGAGGCACCGCAUAAACACUUGGUGUUUGUGCUCAACAAGUGCGAUCUGGUGCCGACAAGCAUAGCGGCUCAAUGGACAAGAUUACUUUCAAAGGAAUAUCCUACGCUGGCUUUUCACGCGUCGAUGACGAACUCCUUUGGGAAAGGCUCGCUGAUCACGCUGUUACGACAAUUCUCGACGCUACACUCGUCGAGGAAACAGAUCUCGGUGGGUUUCAUUGGGUAUCCGAACACGGGCAAAUCCUCGAUAAUCAACACACUACGAAAGAAGCGAGUUUGUACAGUCGCCCCAAUUCCAGGGGAGACCAAAGUUUGGCAAUACAUCACGUUAAUGAAGAGAAUCUAUUUGAUCGACUGCCCGGGGGUCGUUCCACCUAGUCAAGGCGACACCGAAGAAGAUAUCCUGCUGCGUGGGGUGGUGCGGGUGGAAAAUGUCGAACAUCCCGCACAGUAUGUUGAGGCUGUUCUGAGAAGAACGAAGCCCCGCCAUAUCGAGCGGACCUACGAUAUCAAGGCUACAGAUUAUAACGACGAUCCGAUUGAAUUUCUGAGCAUCUUGGCGAGAAAGGGCGGGAGAUUGUUGAAAGGUGGCGAGCCCGAUGUCGACGGUGUGGCCAAGAUGGUUUUGAAUGAUUUCCUGCGCGGGAAAAUUCCCUGGUUCACGCCACCGCCGAAGAAAGAGGGAGCCGACGGAACAGGCGACGAUCCCUCGACAGAAGUCAUUGAAGGGAGGGAAGGCCGGCUAGGCGAGAUGCCUAGCAAACGGAAAGCUGACCAACCCGCGGCGAGUGGUGAGAGUUCACUUGAGUCUGGUGCAGAACAGGACUCAUCGCCCAGUGAUGACGAGGAGGAAGAGGAUGAAGAUGAGAGCAACGAAGAACCAGUCGAUGAUUUCACAGGAUUUGACGACGAAAACGAUGAAGUUAGUCAUGAUGAGGAUUCUGGCCACGACGACGGUGGAACUCAGCUAUGAGGCUGUGCCCUGACUCGCGUUCAGAAACGAUAUAAGCAAAUAAUCCUCGAAGCAAUGAUCCCUUGAUCAAACUCCAGAACACUAUGAGUUUGCUCCGCGACUCGGUGAUAUCA